ACGCCAUCCCGUUGGGCCCGCCGCCGCCGCACGUCCGCAAAAUCGUUCGCUUUCGUCGUCGUCGUCGUCGCGCCCGUAUCCGCCGUCGUCGCUCUCUCCGUGAGACCAUGUGUCGUCCACCCGCGUCCGACCGGUCGCCGUCGCAGCCGUCGUUGUUUUCGCCGUUGCCGCCGGAAUGAUGACAUUAAAUGAAUAAAUAAUUAAAUUAGUGUGAUGGUCGCAGUCUCUUUCUUAACCGUUUCGCGCCAUUUCUCCACCGCGCGCCACGAGAUUGAUUUUGAAAAUUGGAAAUCAUAUUAAUAAAUCCAUCUGUGUUUCAACGUAUUUCUCCUCCUGUGUCUUAGACGGUUUUUGAUUUUCGUUUUUCGCACUCCACGAGUGUAACAAUCGCCGCUUGCUGCCCUCGCCGUCAUGGAGGCGGACCUCCGGGUUCUCCUAGUCGUUUGGAUACUGUCCACCAUGGGAGCAUCACCUGAACUGGCAUCUGAAGUUACUGUGCCACUCGUUCCUGUAGAUGCUGUGGAAGGUAGAACCGUUAAAUUUCCCUGUGACGUGUCCUCACCAAAUCCAGCAGACAAAGUUUACAUGGUAUUCUGGUUCAAAGAUGAUUCUGGCGUACCACUAUACAGCUUUGACGUAAGAGGCAUGCCGUUGGAUCAAGCACACCAUUAUUCAGCGCCGGAUGUGUUCGGCAACCGUGCAUCCUUCCGGACAGUUACAGAUCCGGCAUGUCUAUUGGUGGAUGAAGUGCACCGGAACGACGAGGGCGUGUACCGAUGUCGUGUGGAUUUCCGAAAUUCCGCCACCAAGAGUUUCCGGUACAACUUGUCCGUUAUCGUGCCACCAGAACAUCCGGUCGUGUUCGACAGGUUGGGAAGGCAGUUGAAUAUGACGGUGGGUCCACUCGACGAGGGCGACGGAAUUGCGCUCAUUUGUCGCGUCAUUGGCGGAAAUCCUCCGCCGGUAGUCGUGUGGUUGAAAAAUGAUCAAAUUGUGGACGAUGAGUGCGAACACAACUCGAUGAAUGCCAUCGAAAACAGGCUGCACUGGCCGUCUGUCAGUCGCCAAGACUUCGGUUCGGUGUUCACGUGUCAGGCGUCAAACACGAGGCUAAUGGAUCCCCGACAAGCAUCCGUCGUGUUGGACCUUCGACUUCCACCACUAACAGUAACAUUUUCUGUCAUGGACGAAGUUUUGGUAGCUGAUCGAAGAUACGAUGUUCAGUGCCAUUCUGCUGGAUCCAGACCACCAGCAUCAAUUACGUGGUAUAGAAAUGAUAAGAAGCUCCCAAAAAUAAAGCAAGACGAUGUCAAAGAAAAUGUUACAUCCAGUGAGAUGACGUUCGUGCCCACAACAGACGACAACGGAAAGUCGAUAACCUGUAGAGCGGAAAAUCCUCAAGUACCUAAGAUGGCGCUUGAAGACAAUUUUAUACUGAAAGUCGUCUUCGCUCCGAUCGUUUCGCUCCGGCUUGGAAACUCGAUCGACCCGAACGGCAUCAAAGAGGGAGACGACGUGUACUUCGAUUGUCACGUGAAAGCAAACCCGCCUUCGACGAAGCUCACUUGGUAUCACAACGGUCUCACGUUGAACCUGAACUCGUCAGCGAGAACAAUGAAAAGCGACAACAACUUGGUUUUGCAGAGAGUGACCAGACAUGUUGCUGGCAGAUACGCUUGUCGAGCCACCAAUUCCGAAGGAGAAUCGUACAGCAACGAACUCAGUCUACGGAUUAAAUAUGCACCAGGCUGCAAGACGGACCGGGUGAUGGUGAUCGGCGCCUCUCGCGGAGAGAGCAUGGACGUGCCGUGCGAGGUGGACGCCGACCCACCUGCCAAGGGGUUCAGGUGGAAGUUCAACAACUCGGGUGAGACGAUAGACAUCGGCCCUGAACGGUACAUAUCCAACGGCACGGCCAGCGUGCUCAGGUACACACCCGUCGCCGACCUAGACUACGGCACCCUGUCCUGUUGGGCAAUGAACGGGGUCGGCCACCAGUCCGUGCCCUGCCUAUUCCAAAUGGUGGCCGCCGGUAAACCGCAGUCGGUGCACAACUGCACUGUCCGGAACAACACCGACGGCGCGGUGGACGUGCAAUGCGAACCGGGCUACGACGGCGGCCUGCAGCAGGUGUUCGUGCUGGAGGUGUUCUCCGAGAACCUGGACAGCCAGGCAGACGGCGAGACGCUGUACCGGAACUUGACGGACCGGACGUCACCGCGCUUUUCGCUGGGCAAGGUCGGGCUGGGCGUGCUCUACACGGCUCGCAUGUACGCGGCCAACGCCAAGGGCAAGUCCACCGCUGUCACUCUGCCCAGAUUUUCGUUUCCCAGCUCCGAGAACCAAAUGGGUUUUGGCGUCGAAGUGUUAAAAGUGUCACCGAUGCUGAUAACGAUAGUGAGCGUUUGCCUGUUGCUCAUCGUAUUGGCAACCAUCGUAGUUGUCAAACUGAAGACAGCGAACAGUAGAAAACGCAACUCAAGGCAACCGACCGGCGGCGACAAACAAGUGAUUGUCCACCAGAGAAGUAACGGACAAGUAGCCUCGUCCAUUUUGGAAACGGACACCGAUCCUGACCUGAUUCAAGUGAAAUAUGAUCCGUCGGACGCGCCCAAACUGCGCAACGGCGGCAUACAGUUUUCGGACGACGCCCACGACCCGUCCGUGGCCGGAUGGGUGGCCACGAAUGCGGCGGCGGCCGUCGCGCAGGCGUCGCAGCCGCCGCUGUCCACGUCUUCGUCGUCGUCGACGGGCACGCUGCGCAGGGGAGCCGGGACGGCGAUCAACGACCGCCAACCGGCGCCGGGCGACGCCGCUCGCCGUUGGAACGACGCGACGCCGAAACCGUUUAGCUACACGCACCACCACCAGCACCACCAGCACCGCCAACAGUCACCACCUCCGCCGCCGCCGCCCCAGCCGCCGCACCACGUGCGCGUCCGACCGGACCCGAUCGAACUCAACGGGGCGGAAAUAAAGGAGAAGCUGAUGAUGUCCAGCGGUCACAUACCCGAGAGUUGCGUGUAAACCUGCAACCUGUUGUUGCCCAGCCGUAUUGUAUAUAAUAUAAUAAUGUCAUUGUAUGUAUGUAUGUAUGUAUGUAUAAUCGAGAAAAAAAAAACAGUACAGUAAUAUAAUAUAUUGUUAAAAUAUUAUUGUUGUAAAACCGAUUUAAGUAAGAAC